AUGAAUCUCGAAAAGAAAGAGAUGGAUAAGAUUCCUUACGCUUCAGUUGUAGGGAGUCUCAUGUAUGCUCAAGUUUGCACUCGUCCCGACUUGGCUUUCAUUGUAGGAGUUCUUGGCAGAUAUUUGAGCAACCCUGGUAUGCAGCAAUGGACGGCAAUAAAGCGUGUUUUAUGCUACUCGAAGAGAACUAGAGAUUUUGUGCUCACUUAUCAGAAGUCGGAUAACUUGGAGAUCAUUGGAUAUUCUGACUCUGAUUUUGCAGGAUUCCUAGACAACAAACGGUCCACGUCUGGUUAUAUCUUCCUCUUGGCUGGAGGAGCCGUCUCAUAG